AACGGAAGCUGGGACCAAACGCUUCCGCUUUAGGAGCAGCGGAUGUUAGCAUUACAUUGUGUGGAUUUCCUGUUUACGUUUUACACGAGUUAGCUAAAGUGACAAACUGUGCGUGGCCUUUCAAACAUCACAGAGAAGGGCAGCACUGUUUCGCCAAUGUCUUUGUCAGCAUUUUAACACGUGACAUCUUGCUGUUUUGAGCACAUAACCUGUACCAUGGGGAAGAGAUACUACUGUGACUACUGUGACCGGUCCUUUCAAGACAAUAUGCAUAACAGGAAAAAACAUCUGAAUGGUGUUCAGCAUCACAGAUCUAAAAAGGCCUGGUAUGACUCUUUUAGAGACUCUUCAGCCAUUCUGUGUGAUGAGCAAACAAAGAAACCCUGCAGGAAGUUUCUCCAAAAAGGAAUUUGUGAUUUUGGUCCUAACUGCAGGUUUUCUCACAUGUCUGAAGAGGAAAUGUUUAACUUAAAAAGACAGGUGGAAGAUGAAAGACAGCGCAGAGAGGACUCUGUAGACAGAAUGAUGCCUGGGCGAAGUAUAGAAGAGUGGCUCUCCAGAAGGGAAAAAAAGCAAACUGCCCUCAAUAUCGAAGGAGAUUCAAAAGAUAAGCAAGACAGCGAAGAGGGCCAAGAAGAAAGUGACAUACCUCAACAGCUCCUCUCCAUCCCUGACCUCCCACCCUCUCUUCUACCUCCUCCUCCAGACGGGUGGAAAGUCAAAGUGAACACAGAAUGGGGUUGAGAGAUUCACUUUGUGGUUCACAUCACUGUUAAGUGACUAUAGGGAAUUAAUUGAAGGAGGAAUGGUACACAUUGCAUAUUAACAGAUUGUGUCACAUAUUUGAAGGUUUUCAGUUAUUAAUGAGGUUUCUAGUUGAUUCUAAAAAGCUUUUUGAUUCCAAUUUUUUAAAAGAAGAAUAAAAGAACA